AUGGCCAAGUGGCUGAAAGACUACCUGAGCUUUGGCAGCAGGAAGGUGCCACCACAGCCGCCCACACCAGACUACACAGAGAGCGAGAUCCUGAAAGCCUACCGGCUCCAGAGGGACCUGGACUUCGAGGAUCCCUACGAGGACUCUGAAAACAGGUCCAGGGGCGAGUCUGGGGCUUCUGACCCCGCCACACCUGUGUAUGGCUCUCCCAUGAAGUCAUCCAGCGUGGACAUGAAAUCUCCCAAACACAGACUGAUCAAAGUGGACUCCCAGGAGCUGGGACGCACCAAGAUCCUCCUUAGUGCCAUCUCUUUAGAGGACCAGCAAGAGCCUGUGGUGCCAUCUGCUCCGCUGGCAGGCGACACAGACUACUCAGACCCAUUCGAUGCUCGCUUGGAUCACAGGCCAGAACCAGAUCUCGGGCCCGUUCCCUGCGAGAACAACGGCUACAUGGAACCGUAUGAGGCCCAGAGGGUCAUAACGGAGCUGCAGCGUGGCCCAGGAGGAGGACGGCCGCGGGGCGGAGUGCAGCUUUACGACACCCCCUAUGAAGACGAGCGAGGCCAGCGUCUGGGUCUGUUGUACGCGGAACCUCAGGAGGAGGGCAAGGAGAGCAGCAGGCUGCCGCAGGACGACGAGAGGCCGGCUGAUGAGUAUGACCAGCCCUGGGAAUGGAAAAAGGAUCACAUCUCCAAAGCUUUUGCAGUGCAGUUUGAUGGCGCUGAGUGGGACCGCUCCUCGUCGCCCACAGAGCGGUUGCGUGCUCCCGGGCCCAGGUCCAGCCCGCUGGCAGGAGGGGGGAUGAAGUUUCGAAUGCCGCAGGAAGGCCUCUCCAUGGUGGGGGAGAGAGUGGACCCUGCUCUGCCUCUGGAAAAGCAGGUAUGGUACCACGGUUCACUGUCACGUUCAGAGGCAGAGUCGCUGCUAACGCUGUGUAAAGAGUGUAGCUACCUGGUGAGGAACAGUCAGACCAACCGCUCUGACUACUCCCUGUCUCUACGGAGCUGCCAGGGUUUCAUGCACAUGAAGUUCACCCAGUGUAAAGACGGCAAGUACGUGCUGGGACAGAACAGCCCUCCCUUUGACACCAUCCCAGAAGUCAUCCACUUCUACACCACGCACAAACUGCCGAUCCGAGGGGCCGAGCACCUGUCCCUGCUGUUCCCGGUGCUGGUGCAGACACUCUGACUGACCCUGACGCUCUUCCUGGGCCUCCGGGAUUUCAUUGUGAUCGGACAGGUAAAACUUGAAUG